UCGAGUCACGCGUAGCCCGACCAGGUGCGUUGGGGCGAUGGCUCGCCCGGCUCGAUUUCAUUGCAACAUCGCCCCCAGGUGAGAUUUGGUCUGUUUCUUCCAUUUCGUCCUCUUCCCCACCUUCAUCCCCUCACGCAGAUCCUGCGACGGUCGACGCGGCUGCUAGGGAAAGGAAUGGCGGCGCUGGCGGCUUGGGUCGGAGUGGAGACACGCGCAUCAUUGUUGCACUCCAUGGACGAUGACGAUGCAGACAGAAUGGACGAUGACGAGUGUACUGCCGAUUGGUCAUUUUCAACAUGUUUCUCACCCACCCGCCUGCGCCAGAUUGCGAAUAGUCAGUCUACAGCUAAGAAGCAAGUUAUUAGCAAAAGCAGCUUUGGAUCCCUCCUAAACAUCAGUUCAUUCUCUGUGCCGGCUGAUAUGCUUGAUUGGAUAGUUAUGAAAAUUGACACACAAAAGGCACUGUUUAGUUUGCUGCAUCUAUUUUUUGCAGUCACAAGAAGAAGUCUAUAUUGUUCACGAAAGACAUGGUGUGCAAAAAUUUUAAUGUCCCUUCUGGGUCAAGGCCAGUGGAGUUGUUGAGGAGGAAUGAGCCUCAUGCGCUCCGUGAAGCCUAUCGAGUAGGGUCAAGGGCUCCAAUGAAGCAUGCUAUCCAAGUGCUGAAGGGUGCAGACGAUCGUGAUGUAGUUUCCAUCAACAGGACUUGGGUGCUUUUAUGCAUUGCUCUCGUGCUAUCUCCUGGGACUGGCAACAUGGUCCCCAUGGAGUAUGUUGCGAGCUUGGUUGACAUGGACAAGAUCAAUGAGUUUUGCGUGGGAUGAGCAUUUUCUGGCUGCUGCUUUGAAGGAGGUGAAGAAGUACCAAAAGAAGAGGGAGGCAGGGAAAAGUGGAUUCUGGAUUGGCGGUUGUCUGCCAAUGUUUGCGAUAAUUUACAUGGAUUUUGUCGAUGUGCCUCGGGGGUUGGUCUCUGAGCAUAGAUUCAACUACUCUCUCCCAAGGGCAUGUUUCGUUUGCAACAAUGACUUCAAGUUGAUAGAAGAAAUUGAUAAGAACAAGCUCAGCCUUGAUAAAAUUGAAUUUGGAAAACGGAAUCUUCGUCGUUUGCCAGAGACACCAUACGCAUCAGUUGAGAGCUGCAACAAAGAUGAUUGCGAGAACAACAAUGUGGAUGGAGUUAGUGGAGAUGGAAACAUUCCUGAGAUAGAAACCAAUCCAUUCACAGAUGGGAGCGAUAUUGGCGGUGAUGUGUGCGGCUCUCUAGAUGAGUGGCUGCAGCCGCUUCCUUCUAGUCAAGACUUGGAGAUCCCACCCCACAUGGUUCCAUUAUAUGAGAAGCACAAGAAGUUGCAUGCAGCAGAAGUGAAGAAUGUUCUGACAUCAUUCAGCCAGAUAAUGCAGUCAAUUUUCUGCAAGCGUGUAGCACAUAUUUUGGUUGAAGCAAACUCCAUUGCUGCAACUUCCAAGGAACACACGUUUGAAGGUGUUACCUUUCAAGUUCCAGCAAGCAAUGCACCAGGAGCAUGUGACACCAGGGCUCCACCCCAAACAAGCCCUACAACUCACAUGGGUGCCACAACACAAGAAGCCGAGGUUGAGAUGGAAGCUGCAGGUUGUCCCAACACCAACCAGAAUGGACAUGAUGAGGACAUUGUUUUGGAUAAAAUGCAAAGUUGCAAUACACUUGGGAAAGAAGAUGUGCAGGUUGGUGAGGAUAAGGGGGAAUGGGAGGAGGUGGAUGAAGAUGUUGUGGGAGAUUUGAAAGUUUUGGGCACUGAUGAUGAGGUUGAGAGAGCCGUUAUUUUAUCACAGGGUACGGUGGCUGCCUUGGAAGGUCUUGCACUGGAAUUUAAUGAUGGUCCUUCAUGUAGUCUGUUCAAAGAGGGAACAAAUAUUAUGAAUGGUUCAAUAUGGAUGUUGAGACCACAAAGAAGGUUAUGGAAACGAUAAAUCAAGUUGCUGCCUCUCCUGAUGUGCAACAACCGGUUUCAGCAGGGCCUACCUUCGACAACACACCUAAGCUUGCAAGGCAGAACAACUCAAAGCUGUCAAUGCAAUAUGAAGCAUCGGUUCCUUGUUUUGACACUGAUCCAGGGCUUCAUACGUCAAUGCAACAGGGUCUACCAGAAGCAGAGUUUCAUGAGCCAGGUGAGAAGAUUGUCGAGGCAAGUAGCAACGGUCACAACGGUCUUGUGAAGAAGGCAGUUAAGAAAAGAACAGCCCAGCCUCCUGAUGGUGUUCCAAAGAUGAAGAGGAUCAAGAUCGACCGAAAAGAUGAUGCUCUGUACCAACAGUAUGUGUUGAGUAGGUACAAAAUACCAAGAGCAAAGAAAGAUCAAGUAAUAGGGUUUCCACACAUCACUUCAGAACUUCCAUGGUUCAUUAAAGCCACGAGGUGAUCUUGACAGUGAGGUAAUGGCAUUGUAUCUGAAAACUUUCAACUUGGAGCAGUUGUACAAUAAGAAGAAGCCAAAGAAGUUUGCAUUCUCAGUGUUUAUGGGGAGUCAAUUGGCUAUGGAUCCCGACUUGUUUGAUCACAAGAAUUAUGAAAGAGAGUUUAGAAGGGCAUGUGAAAACAACCAUAUUUCAAAAAGUGAUCUACUCUUCAUUUCUGUCGUUCAGAAUAAGCAUUGGGCGGUGGUUGUCGUGAACUUGUUGCACAAGCAAUUCAAUGUUUUCGACUCUAUCAAGAACGACAUGAAUGUUACUUUGCUCUAGAAGGCAACCAACAAUGUGAGUUGCAUCCCAAACCUCCGGAAACGCAUUGCAGCAGAUCUUAUCAAGCAUCCCCAGCAAUACGCUGUACCCCGCAGACCAGUUGAAGAAGUUGCUGGAUCUUUGACUUGAAGAUUGAAGAUAAUUUUUCAUCAUCAACAUCGAGGGGGGUGGAUGGAGUUCGUUCUUCCGGGGAGCUUUUGUGUCUGUCCUAAACUAUUUCGUGGGUUGUAGUUCACAACUUUUGCUGCAAACAAGAAUGUAGGCUCAGUGUAAUGGAUGCAUACCCUCUUGUUGUACUUCUGUUUAGACACGCCCAUUUGGCAUGGGUUCGACAUGUUUUUCAUGUCCUAUAUGGAUGUUGAUGCAGCACAUAUUGAUGAAAAUCAGCUUCU